UGGGGCCUGGUCGCCUCGCCUCGCCUCCCCCGCCUGCCUGCUUCCCUCACACGCUCGCUUUCUUUUUUCCCCUCACAGGCACUUCCUGCGCGGAGCCGGGUAGGGCCCAGUCGGGUGGAGCAGGUUUGCCGUUGCUGCUUCUGUGGAGUUAAAGCUCCUAGUUUCACUUUCAUGUUAGUUGGCAAAAGAUGUAACUGACAAAAGGGAUGGCUGAAUAACAAGAUUGAGCAUGAUCUUUGAGGUUCCCUUGCUAACUAGCACAUGGAGGUUGACUUCCUCCAAGAAGAAUCUCUGUGAAGAGCUUGUGAAGAAUUUCGUUUGUGAACAAGAUUGACCUGACCAUGCAUAACAUGACUUAAGCCUGCUCCCCAUCAUGGCCUAAGUGUGCUGCUUCUCAAUAGCAAUUUUAUCCAUAAAAUGAUGAAGGUUUGAUCCAUUUUUGAUGAAUGUUUUAGCCAUGAGUUUACAUCGGCAAAUGGGAUCUGAUAGGGACCUGCAAUCUUCUGCCUCCUCUGUAAGCUUGCCAUCAAUUAAAAAGGCACCGAAGAAGAGGAGAAUUUCACUGGGGUCUCUCUUUCGAAGAAAAAGGGAUACAAAACGCAAAUCCAGGGAUAUAAAUGGAGGUGUAGAUGGGAUUGCGAGUAUUGAAACUAUACACUCAGAAAUGUGUAUAGACAAGAACUCUAUUUUCUCUGCCUAUAUGUCUUCUGACAAUGGAACAACCAUCUGCGGUAAACAGAGCGGAGACUUUAUGGAGUGUCCCUUGUGCCUUUUGCGGCACUCUAAGGAAAGGUUUCCUGAAAUAAUGACUUGUCACCAUAGAUCUUGUGUGGAUUGCUUACGUCAGUAUCUCCGGAUAGAAAUCUCUGAGAGCAGAGUUAAUAUCAGCUGUCCAGAGUGCUCUGAGCGAUUUAAUCCCCAUGAUAUUCGAUUAAUAUUAAAUGAUGACAUCUUGAUGGAAAAAUAUGAAGAAUUUAUGCUUAGACGAUGGCUUGUUGCAGAUCCUGAUUGUAGGUGGUGUCCUGCUCCAGAUUGUGGGUAUGCUGUGAUCGCUUUUGGCUGUGCAAGCUGUCCUAAACUUAUGUGUGGCCGUGAAGGCUGUGGAACUGAAUUCUGUUACCAUUGUAAACAAAUUUGGCAUCCCAACCAGACCUGUGAUGCUGCUCGCCAAGAGAGAGCCCAGAGUCUACGGUUGCGAACAAUUCGUUCUUCAUCCAUAAGCUACAGCCAGGAGUCUGGAGCUGCAGCUGAUGACAUAAAGCCAUGCCCACGCUGUGCUGCAUAUAUAAUAAAGAUGAAUGAUGGAAGCUGCAAUCACAUGACAUGUGCUGUCUGUGGUUGCGAAUUCUGUUGGCUAUGUAUGAAGGAGAUCUCAGACUUGCAUUAUUUAAGUCCAUCAGGUUGUACUUUCUGGGGUAAAAAACCAUGGAGUCGGAAGAAGAAAAUACUGUGGCAGCUGGGAACACUUGUGGGUGCGCCUGUAGGAAUUGCCUUAAUAGCAGGCAUUGCUAUUCCAGCUAUGAUUAUUGGAAUCCCUGUAUAUGUGGGGCGUAAGAUUCACAAUCGCUAUGAAGGCAAGGACAUUUCAAAGCAUAAGAGAAACUUAGCCAUUGCAGGUGGCGUAACUUUGUCUGUAAUUGUUUCACCAGUUGUAGCUGCAGUUACUGUAGGUAUUGGUGUCCCUAUCAUGUUGGCCUAUGUAUAUGGAGUAGUUCCUAUCUCCCUCUGUCGAAGUGGAGGUUGCGGUGUAUCUGCUGGCAAUGGAAAAGGUGUCAGAAUAGAAUUUGAUGAUGAAAAUGACAUAACUGUUGGUGGAACAAAUGCAGCAGUAGAUACUACAUCAGUGGCAGAGGCACGUCAUAACCCUAGCAUAGGGGAAGAAAGUGUUGGAGGAUUGACAGGAAGCCUGAGUGCAAGUGGCAGCCACAUGGACAGAAUAGGAGCCAUUCGAGACAACUUGAGUGAAACAGCCAGCACCAUGGCCUUGGCUGGAGCUAGUAUAACAGGGAGUCUGUCGGGAAGUGCAAUGGUCAACUGCUUUAACAGGUUGGAAGUCCAAGCAGAUGUGCAGAAGGAGAGAUGCAGCUUGAGUGGAGAAUCAGGCACUGUUAGUUUAGGAACAGUUAGUGACAAUGCCAGCACCAAAGCAAUGGCUGGAUCCAUUAUAAACUCCUACAUCCCGUUGGACAGAGAUGGCAGCAGUAUGGAGGUGCAAGUGGACAUUGAAUCGAAGCCUGCAAAAUUCAGACACAAUAGUGGAAGCAGCAGUGUUGACGAUGGUAGUGCUGCAGGUCGAAGUAACGCUGGUUGUUCUUCAGCCUGCUUGUCGGAAAAUAAAUCUAGUGCCACCAAGUGGUCCAAAGAUGCAUCAGCAGGGAAAAAAUGCAAAGGUAAACUAAGAAAAAAGAGUAGCAUGAAGAUAAAUGAGACCAGAGAGGACAUGGAUGCUCAGUUGUUGGAGCAGCAAAGCACAAACUCCAGUGAAUUUGACUCUCCCUCUCUCAGUGACAGUAUCCCAUCUGUAGCUGAUUCCCACUCGAGUCAUUUUUCUGAGUUUAGUUGCUCCGAUAUGGAGAGUAUGAAAACCUCAUGUAGUCAUGGUUCCAGUGAUUAUCAUACCCGCUUUACUACAGUUAGCAUUCUCCCAGAGGUAGAAAACGACCGUUUAGAAAACUCUCCACACCAAAGUUGCAAUUCAUUGCUUGUUCCAGCUGCUCCAAACUCAGAGAUUCCACAACUGAGUUAUAUUGCUGAAGAAUGUGUUUAUAAUGGAACUUCAAGUGGUGCAGAUGUGGGUACUGGUGAAACACUGAAAGAAAGAAACAACAACCAUUCACAACAUGCUGUGGCAUUAAACACCGCAAUUCAGACUGAGAUUUAAACCUGUUCAGUGCUGCAGAAAUGUAUUUACCACUAAAGAACCUUGUCAGGUAACUUUCAGUGGCCAGCAGAAGCAAAGCUUUGAUGCAAUUUACAUUUUAUAUAUGUCUCUAUUAAGGCUUGCGUGGAACUCUGUUGCAGAACUGUGUGAAGUGACAUGAAAGGUUUAACAAGUGCAUUACAAUGAAACAAUAUGUUCAUGUUUUGUAUUCUUGCCAUAACUUUGCUGAAGGUCUGUAUUUGAUGUACUUGGACAGGAGGGAAAUCUGGCUCAUGUUAAAUGCUAAAGUGGCUAUUUGUUAUAAGUUUGAUGUAAACAGUAAGUGGAUUUCAAGCGCACAGAAGUAACUUAACCAUGCUGGGGUAAACCGUAUCUAGCAAAAAUGAGUUGCUGUUAUAUAACCAUACCAAAUAAGUAUCAGUGCUGACAAUUUUGUCUGGAGCAGAAUGAAAUCUGUUUUAAGUAAUGCCUGAGGCAUACAUUCUUUGAGCAAGGUUAUGGCAUUAGCAUACCUUUAAAUACAAAAACCUGGUACUUGAUAUAUGAUAGGUAGCAAGGUGACGUCUCCUUAUCAAGAAAGUGGGGGUAAUUAUACUUGCAACUGAUAUGCUGUAUAAAGUUUUUGUAAAAUUUAAAAUCAUUUUAAUUUGUAAUCAUUGUAGAGAAGCUGAUACAGUCGCCUUUCAGUAGGUGAUUUCAAUUAUGCUGUUUAAUUCUUCGUGCCUUUGGAGAAGACUGGGGUUUUAAGUGCCUGGUCUCAUGAUUUUACUGUAGAGUUUUCCUGAAUGUCCUCUUUUUGUCACCCUUUUGGAAUCUAAAGGAAAACUACAGCAAAUCAACUGACUGUGGUAGAUUAAUGGAUAUCAUAAUACUGAAGUAUUAGCCUACCAAAGACUCACUCAGGCUUUUAGUGGAUAACUUUUCUGACAUCCCUUUGCGAGUCAUGUGCACAGAAAUAAAGUACAGUGCAGAGCUUGCACAUAUUCAAACAAUGGGCUUCAAGUGCAGCUGGCGUUUGGGGGUUUCCCAGUUGUCCUGCUUAUGGAAGGUGAUCAGCUAAACGCAAGCUGAAACUAGCUCAGUGCCUGCACUGUUAGAUGUUUGCUACACAAUUCAUAAUGAUGUGUACCCUCUGCCCCUACCCCAAAAGAAAGAGAUGUGGAUCUUGGCAUAACAGCCUCCAAUAUUUUUGUUUUGUGUUCUUUCUUUCUUUCUUUUUUGGUAAGUAUUGCCAUUAUGGUGCUACUGAAAGUUUGGUGUAUGAGAAGAAGACUGCCGUAAGUGGCUGUCCUCUUCAGUGGCUUCCCCUCAUCUUUUUCUUUAAUCAGCUUAUAACACUAGUGCCAGAUACUUUAUUUGGUAACGCUUGUUAUGAUAUUUGUAUAUUUGCUAUUUUAAUUUGCUCAAUGAUGUGUGUAAACUGCAUACCUGAAAUAAAUGUCUGAGUACUAUUUCAAUUGUC